AUGACGUACCGCAGUCAUAUGGUGGGACCUUCGCGGGCCUUCGAUCACAUCUACGACCCACUGUAUGUGGCCUCCGACCGGAAGGACGUCUGCCGUGCGAACCAUGCUGCCCUCGCGCGCUCAGCCCCGAUCGGAAUCUUCCCGGUGUACCAGUCGAUGUUUAGUGAGUUGCCACGGUUAACGCGUAACCACUACGUCAUGCACCGCAACCCGUUACCGUACUUCCCGGAAGUGCAUGUGUCCCCUCUGCGGCUUCACCAUCCGGGAGUUGGUGGCUCCGACACGUCGAAAGUGCUCGGUGCCGAGAGACCCAAAUUCUUCUGUCACCCGAAUGUCGGUGAAACGGGUUGCAACGUCCGGUAUGUUGCCGAUAGUGCGGAAGAUGAGUACUGCGGGUGCGAUGGUUACGAUCAGGAGGGCCAGGAUCAGCCUCGUUUUAAGGAGGUAGCCUCGCAGACGAUGUACCGCGAAUCGUCGGCCCAAACGCAACCCUGGAUGCCGACGGCCGUGUUGAAGGAGAACGUAAUGCCGGCGGCCGAGAUCGUGUACGUAGCGGAGAUGCUGCAGCACACGCGCUAUCCGGGUGUGAACGAGGUCGAGAUCGUGGAGCGGGCCCGACGUAAACGGACCUGGGAGUAUGCGCUCGGCAGUUGUGACUCGGUCGAUGAAUGGCGCCAGCAGAAGCUGAUGUUGCAGAUCUUCGAGUGGGAAGAGUGGGUCGCCCGAGAGCGGCAGAUUGACCGGUACCAGCUACUGCGUCUUCAACUUGUGGCAAAGAUUAUGGAAAAACGUGAACGCGAUACACACCAGGCGACCGAGGGGAAGAUGGAGAACACUAAGCGACGCAUCAAUCAGGCGCGCAAUCAUGCAAUGCAAAAGCUGGAGGCAACGUUCGAGCGCAACCUCCGAAAACUGGACCGGAAACGGCACGAGAAGAAUCAACGCUACGGGUCAAGAAUGCGCGGGCAGGGCGACGUGCCGCAAGUUUCGCUGGAGACGCUGACGGGGGGAAGAAAGAAGUACUCCAAACAGUCGUACAACUACGAUCCCAAUCUCAUCGAAGUUGGGUUGGCGAAGCUGGAAAAGAAAACAACGAUCGCGCACAAGUUUAUCGAUCCUCGCGACCAAAGGCCGGAGCUCUGGAAGCCGAAGGAAGUGUGUCGCGAGUUCCAGAAGGGUUUCUGGUCGGAUAACUUCCUGCGAAAGCUGUACGAAUCGCUGAAGCAAUUCCGCAACCGGAAGGACAGCGAACGUACCGUGCCUCAGUGUCUGAUCGUGGUGUCCUCUCCGACCGAAAGCCUGAUCGUCUCGCCGCUGACGGCGAUGUCACCGGAGAAGGAAAACGACACACUUUACCAGCAAGCGGUACUGCUACAGCGACUGCUUCGAGGCCGUGCAACACAAGAACUGAUCCAUCGGGAUUAUGCCUCCGAACACGAUCUCAUGGAAGACCUGAUAGCGUCCCACCGGUUGCCGGUAGUGGAAGAGUUCUUUCCCCACUCCGAAGUGCAUGGCCGAGUGCCGGGAGCCGGUAGUGUACGCGAGCGUUAUCUGCACAUUCUGCGCAACGAACAGCUGCUGGAUGAGUUCGUGGAAAGUAGUUCCCAUGCCCAGAUGAGUUCACUGAUGGGAACACUCGAGCGAGAACUGACGCGUCUGCAAAAUGAACGCAAUACGCAAGCGUUCUACAUGCUCGCCGAAAGGGAGCGCGGACGACGGGAGUCAGUGAGCGAGGAAGCCCGCACUGACCGGAAGUCGCUCGGGGUUGGCGUAGGUGAGGAGCUGGACAUAUAUCUGGAGAACGCGCUGCUGGAACAGCAACAGCAGGGAGACAAUGUGGAAGAGUGGCGCUUACGGAUCCACCAGCUGGCCCGUGAGUUCGACGAGGAAGCGGACCGUCGAAGCGAUACUGCACCGCUGGAAGUGACCGAUCCUGGAACGGGGCCCGUUGACGGACCGGGCAUUAUUGCGGGCUCGUUGGCCGAUGAAAUGCUCCUCCCGGACAUAUUCCGACGGGCGGCCCGUGAAAACAUUAAAUUCAAACAACGGCCACUGCUGGCGAACGUUCACGAGUUGAUAUACAGUCGCAAGGACGAAGACACCGAGCAGGAGGAAGGCGAGCACCCGGAUGUCCCAUUGCGUCCGACGGUGGAGGUGGUGAGUCCCACGACAGAGCCACCACAACCGGAAGAGCGGCGCGUGGUAAAGGAGCUACUUAGCGGGCUGAUCGAUCGUGCCGUUCAGCCACCGGAAUCGGCGUACUCGGAGAACGAAGUCGAAGAGCUGCCGGAGGACGAGGAAGAAGGUGUGGAGGGAAGUGAUUUCUUUGGUCUGGCUGAGGAUGGCGCGGAAAUGUAUGGUGGCGAGUUCGGAGCAGGUGCUGCGGAGGAAGAAGAGGUCGAACAGAUGGCCAACGAGAUGAUCGAAGAUAUUCUCAGUCGCGUGCUGGACGUCACGGACUAA